ACCUUUUAGAUGGAUAAAACAAAGCGUAAAAUUCUGCAGAUCGUCAGCCACAUGGGGGGAGUUUCCAACUGCCUAUAAAUAGUCCCCUUUCUCAUCUGCUUCACUUCGACCACAAAUUCUCUCUAGCAGUUGCGUUGCAUUGUAUUUUACUAAGUCCCAAUGGCCGGGAAGCCAACUAUCACGAUGACCUUUCUUACUAUCACGCUGCUUUUACUAGCACACAAAAAUGAAGCCAGCAGCAGUCAUGACAUGAGCAGUGAGGCACCAACUCCACAGGCGCAACCAUCCAACAACUUUACAAUGCAUGGAAUCACUCAAGGCAGCCUUCUUCCACAAGAGUGUGGGCCUCGAUGCAGCGAAAGAUGCUCAAAUACGCAGUACAAGAAGCCAUGCCUGUUCUUCUGCAACAAGUGCUGCGCCAAGUGCUUGUGUGUGCCGCCUGGCACUUACGGUAACAAGCAAGUCUGCCCUUGCUACAACAACUGGAAGACUAAGAGAGGAGGACCCAAGUGCCCUUAAUCUUCUUAAAUAUCAAUCCAAUUUAAAUAUGAUUUCUUUCUUCA